AUGGCUAUGAGAAAAAACCCACAUCAAAGAAUAAAGACAGUUCGACUAGCAAUGAAGCUGUUCAUAGUGGUGAUCUUUCUCGGGCAUGUCAUGAUAUGGAUAAUGAUGCCGACUAACACUUUUUGGCUACACUGGUUGCCCAACAUUCAAUCUAAGGCCAAUUCUACCUACUUUGGACAACAAGGUGCAAACAUUCUUAUUUACACAUUCCCAAUCCUAAGCAUUGCUACUUUGGGGUGUUUAUAUCUCCAUUUGGGAAAGAAACUUCGUGAACAGAACAAUGAAAGCAGAGCAAAGAAUCCCCCUUUGGCUUCGUGGACACGGCCAGCACUCGUGAAAGGACCUCUAGGGAUCGUGUCGUGGACAGAGCUAUCCUUCUUCUGUAUGUUCAUUGCACUCUUGAUUUGGUCAUUCUCUGCUUAUUUACAUGGCAUGUUUGCAAACAUCACUAGAGAAUCUGCAGCGCGAAUGAAUGAGAAAAAGUGGGAAGUUAAGUUGGACAGUGCAUCACUAAUGUUGGGGCUCGUCGGUAAUAUCUGUCUAGCAUUUCUCUUCUUCCCGGUAACCAGAGGAUCUUCCAUAUUGCGCCUCAUAGGCCUCACAUCAGAGUCAGGUAUCAAGUAUCAUAUUUGGUUGGGGCAUAUUGUUCUGACCCUCUUCACCGCGCACGGCUUAUGUUACAUUACAUUUUGGUUUGACAAAAACCAAUUGUCAGAGAUGAUCAAAUGGGAUACAGUUGGGGUUUCGAAUGUAGCUGGAGAAGUAGCUUUGCUCUUUGGAUUGGCCAUGUGGGCAGCAAGCUUCCCCUGCAUAAGGCGAAAGAUGUUUGAGCUCUUCUUCUACACUCACAAUCUCUACAUUCUAUUCAUCGUAUUCUUUGUAUUCCAUGUCAGCUUCUCCUAUUCUUGCAUCACACUUCCAGGCUUCUACCUCUUCUUGAUUGAUCGGUACCUAAGGUUUUUGCAAUCCCAGCAAAGGGUUCGCUUGGUUUCUGCUCGGGUUUUACCUUGUCAAGCUGUGGAACUAAACUUCUCUAAAAGCCUAGGAUUGAGUUAUAAUCCAACAAGCACCUUGUUCGUAAACGUACCUGGCAUCUCUCGGCUUCAAUGGCAUCCUUUUAGUAUUACCUCCAACAGUAAUAUGGAGCCCGAGAAGCUAAGCAUUGUCAUAAAAAGUGAAGGAAGCUGGUCUGAGAAGCUGUACCAAAAGAUUUCAUCGCCUUCAUCAAUGGAACGCGUAGAGAUCUCUGUCGAAGGACCUUAUGGACCUGCUUCAACACAUUUUUUAAGGCAUGACAUGCUUGUGAUGGUCAGUGGAGGAAGUGGCAUUACUCCUUUUAUCUCCAUAAUCCGUGAACUCCUCUUUACUGCCAGCACAUCUAGCUGCAAGAAGCCACGGAUUCUCCUCAUUGCUGCUUUCAGAAAAGCUGAGGAUCUCACCAUGUUAGACCUUCUCAUCCCAGUUUCCGCCAGCACUACCUAUGACAUUUCUCACUUGCAGUUACAAAUUGAGGCAUACGUAACAAGAGAAGACGAGCCCAUUAAAGAUGAUCAGAAGCACCACCGAACCAUUUGGUUCAAGCCUAGUGCACUGGAUGCACCAGUUUCUGCAGUUUUGGGCUCAAACAACUGGCUUUGGCUUGGGGCUAUAAUUUCAUCCUCAUUUGUCAUUUUUCUUCUGCUCAUUGGCAUUCUCACGCGAUACUACAUAUAUCCCAUCGAUCAUAACACUAAUAUGAUAUACUCGAACACUUCAAGAUCUGCUCUAAACAUGUUAUUCAUAAGCAUCUCCAUAGUUAUGACAGCAACUGCAGCAUUUCUUUGGAACAAAAAAGGGACUGUUCAGGAAUCGAGGCUGAUCCAAAACACGGACAUGCCAACGCCAGUGACAUCGCCAGGGUCAGCUUCACAGUUCUACAGUGCCGAUAGAGAGUUGGAAAGCCUUCCCCACCAAUCUUUUAUUCAAGCUACCAAGGUGCACUUUGGUGAAAGACCCAAUCUCAAGAAAAUGCUGUUAGAGCGUGAAGGAUCAAGCAUUGGAGUUCUCGUUAGCGGCCCUUGGAAGAUGAGACAAGAAGUUGCAGCGAUCUGCUCAUCUGGCUUGGCAAAUAACCUACAUUUUGAAUCGAUCAGCUUUAGCUGGUGA